AUGAGGUACUCGAGUAGGCACACAACCGGAUGUCUGGCAGAUGGAGAUGGCUCGCGGCAGAAGGGCGGAGCAGCAGCGAUGUGGGUAGCAUUCGAAGGGUACAGCACCGAACCUUUAUCAGCCGGGAAAAUCACACCUCGUCGCCGGGUGACAACUCCUGUGUACAGUAUGUUGCGCACAGGACAAGGCGAGGGCGUGGAUUGGCGCAAGCGAAAGCAUCCAGAAACUGCGGCGCCCACGAUUGCGCCCGCCGUUUCCAACCGCAGUCGCGUCCGGGCAAUUUGCUAUGGCGCAGCCCCCGCCUUCUUGCGCCCGCGUCCUGCACCGCGCCGCUUGCUGUCCGGCACACCCGACGCCACUCGCCGCCGGCCAGUCCGCUUUGCGACAAAUGUGACAAGUCGCUCCCGCGCCCGGGGCGUGCCCGUCACUCUUUACAAGUCCUCACCGCGUCCCCCGCUCCUCCCUCUCGCAAUAAUACCAUACUGUACACCCGUAUCUACAGUAGCGCGUCAUUGCACGCCGCCGACCCACGCGUGCGCAGAUCGCUUCCCCUCCCCCGCACCCCCCCUUCCCCGCCCCCCCUUCCCCGCCCCCCCUUCCCCGCCCGCCGCGGCCGCCUUCGCCGCCUCGGCGCGCAUCACCGGCCCCCCGCGGCGUGGCUAG